CGUGCUCCAACGGAUCCACGAGAUUGAGAAGGUCCUCACGAUCUAAGAGGAUGCUGGCCAUCAGCUCCCUGCACAACCAAAAUCAACCGAGCAAGCGCCGGCUCCUAAAUACAUCUCGCAGACUCAUCUCGGAGGGCCUUCGCAAGCUUAGGACUCUGCGUCCCGGAUCUUGCUGAACGAAGUCACUCAUCAGGAUGGAAAAUCUCAGCGAACACCAAUCUCCCACUCAAGGAGGACAGGACGCGAUGGUGACAGAACAGCGCUAUCACUCACGACCGUUUCCCGACGGAAGCGACGAACGCCUCGAAGACGGCGGUAAAGGGUACACUUCCGUGGAUCGCCGUAACUACUCAGGAACUGGGCAACGAGAGUAUUCUCAGCCGUCGCGUCCCGCUUCCGCCCAGCAGAAGCCGGAAGAGAGGAGCGAUCAGUCUCAGGAGGGUAUUGACUUGCCCGUCCGACGCUUGGAAAAUCCAGCUCCACGAAGCUCAGAUCAAAGAGACCGGUAUGGAUAUAAUCAAACUCAACAAGGCCGGAGCGAACACACUCGCGGAAGCUACCAUUAUGAGAAAAAGACUUCGGGCAGCAGCGUGUUGGAUUCCGGCAACCGCUCGAGCGACAAUACCCAUGAGAGAUACCCAUCCAAGACAAGCUACGGCUACAGUUACACAGGCUCCCGCCAAUCUGUGGGAACUGAUCAUAGGACGUCGGCCGGGCGGUAUGACAGCCGAAGCUCCCUUCACUCCAGUGCGAACACUUCCAGCUUUGAUAGAUAUUCGGGGGACUAUCGAUCGGAUGAAAGGGUGGGAUCGUCCGAUCGUGGGAGACAGACGUUGAGGUCCGACGAAAGACGAUCUCCGCCGCGUUCAGCCCAUUAUUCGCGAUCGAUGUCUCCGCAACGUCGCCACUCUGACAGCUCCCUGCUCAAGCGCUUGGAGAAGGAGUAUCUGGACGCAGAACACGAAUACACGCUUCUGGACAUGAAAUAUACGACAACAAAAACGGAAAUCAACGUUCUCACCGCCAAGUUGGAUGAGCUGGGACGGCUGCUCUCGGACACGAAAGAGGACGUGGCCAGGGCGUCUGAUCGCAAAGAGAGGUGCCAAGAGUUGUGGGAGAGGGAGAAGCGGCGUGUGGCCGAUGUUCAGAGGAAGGCUUCGAGCACUUACGACAGAAACCCGAGAGGCAUGCCUGACAGCUCUUGGAACGGGACCAGCCAUCGUUCGUCGACAGACCACAGCCACUCCUCGAGCCGACCUCAGGAUAGCAACUGGAGUCGAUCCACCAACACGAAAUACAGGAGCUCGAUUUCCUCUGACCAUUCAACUUCUGUGGACAGGCGCGGCGAACCCGGUCGAUCGACGAGCACCGUUGUUAUUGAGAGGAGAACUGACCUCCGACCGCAAAGCCGAGCGAGUGGCACUGUUGCGGACGAUGUGGACGACGGAGAGUUGCUUCCAGUGCGACGUCUAAGUGAAUCCGAACUCCCUGGCGUGCAGAACCAGGCGCCUGACAACAUCAGAAGGCGCGAUGAGCGCAUCCAGUGGAACCAACACCAGGGGCACUGGAGCAAUAGAGGUCGUGGCGGGUACGAUAGGAGGGGAGGAUACUCGCGUGGGGGUAGUUCUCGCACUCCCGACACUGGCCGCGAACGGCUCUCGGAUGAGGCUUCAAUCAACGGAUCAGAACUCGUCCUCGAUAGCCAAGCAGCCUCGUCCCUGGCCGACGCGAUCCUCGCAAGCACUAUGCCAGAGUCUGGUGAGGUCACCGAGCACGAAGGCGAAAACUUUGGAGACCUAUCCGAAGGGCAAUCGAACGGCACUAAACGCCAACGUGAGGACGACGGUAGACCGUUGCAGAACGGCGGUCAACGUCAAACCAACAAUGAGGUUUCGUUCGGCAGGGCCGCUGACGGAUACCGCCAAAAUGAACACGACAGGAAAUCGCAUAUCUCCAUCAAGAAUGAACCUCGUGGCGAUGCGGACGAUGAUAGAGCCACUUCGUACAAAGACGGUCAAGUUGAAGAUGAGGGCUCUCUCUUGGAGUUUGUACGCACAAUCUUCGCUGGUGGUGAGGGCAGGGGAGGCGCCAACGAGCAGAACGAGGAUGAUGAAGACGUUGGGGAAAGUGCACACAAGCGGCUUCGAGCCGAAUGAAGGACGGGAAACCGCCUGAGCAUGGGAGGAGGAAAGCGAUCCUCCGCGGGGUUCCUUUCGACGUUGCGAUGUGUUUUGUAGUUUUUGUGUUGUUUUUUCGCGGUGGGCUUCUUGCCCACGUUCGUCUUGCCUUGCAUCCGUUGGGGCCCCAAAGCUGCAUUGAUUCUUGAGCGAAGUGCCCACACUCAAUACGUAGGACGUACUUGCCGCCCUCACACGCAUUGUAAUAUUCUUUGAAAUAUG